UGCUGAUCCCGCCGGCUGCCCGGGAUCCUGAUCCCGCCGGCUGCCGGAGCCGCCCCGCCGCUCCCCGCUUCCCUCGGAGCGCCCGGCCGCGCUUUCGCUUUCACUUCUUCCGGCUGUGGGCAGAGAGCUUCCUCACGGUUUUCGUGUGCUGAGAAGCGAGUGCAGAGGUGGGAUGCUUCCAGACACAAGGGGAUAAAGCCCGCAGAGAUAGAAUGAUGCGAAACGCUAUUCUUUGGUGGAGCAGCUUAUGUGUCAGACUGAUGUUUGUCUUCUGGCCGUUUGCAUCAGCUGGAAAGCAAUGUCAUAUCCAAAAUGAAAUGGCUGACUGCAGUCACCUAAAGCUGACUCAAAUUCCCUCUGAUCUUCCAGACAAUAUAACGAGUUUGGACAUUUCUCAUAAUCAGCUAAAACAGCUAGGUCCUGCAAAUUUGACCAAGUACAGCCAGCUGGUUUACUUGAAUGCAGGCUACAACAGCAUCUCUAAAUUGCAACCAGAAUUGUGCCAAAAUGUGCCCCUGUUGCAAAUUCUAAAGUUAGAACAUAAUGAAUUGUAUAAGCUCCCUGACAGAGUCUUUGCUUCCUGCACCAACCUGACUGAGCUCAAUCUAGGAUACAACAGACUAAAUAUAAAAAAUCAUCCUUUCAAAACCCUGAAGAACUUGAAAAUUUUGGACCUAUCUCAUAAUUCUUUGAAGUCAGCCAAUUUAGGAUUGGAGCAACAGUUGGAGAAACUUCAUGAACUCAUGUUGGGGAGCAACCAAAUCACUGAGUUGAAAAAAGAAGACUUCAGUUUUCUUAGCAACACCUCAUUAAAUAGUCUUGAUUUGUCAUCAAAUCCACUAAAAGAGUUUCAUACGGGAUGCUUCCAUACAAUUGGAAAUUUGUGGGGCCUCAUACUGAACAAUGUUGAACUUAGAGAAAAUCGCACAAAGAAACUUUGUACAGAAUUGUCAAACACAGCAAUUCGAAACCUCUCACUAAGCCAUGUGAAACUUUCCUACAUUGGCAAGACAACUUUCCAGGGACUACAAGGAACAAAUCUUACAAUUUUAAACCUUUCCCAAAAUUCUCUCUCUGUCAUAGAAAACGAUUCAUUUCAGUGGCUUUCAAGUUUACAAUACUUAAACCUGAAGAUUAAUAAUAUUCAUGUAACUUCGCGUUUAUUUUAUGGAUUAUCCAACCUUAAAUAUUUGAAUCUCAUAAACUCACUUGCUGGGAAAAUUGAAGAUUUUUCUUUUCAUUGGCUAUACCGCCUGGAGUACCUUAUAAUGGAUAAUAACAAUUUUCCAGGAAUUACUGCUAACAUGUUCACAGGUCUGAAUAACCUGAAAUAUCUGAGUCUCUGCAACUGCAACAUAAACUUACAAAGAAUAACUAAUAAAACAUUUUCAUCACUUACUAAUUCUAGCUUACAGGUUCUCAACCUCACAAAAACCAGAAUCUCUACAAUAGAAAGCGGGGCAUUUUCUUCCCUGGGACACCUGAAAAUUCUUGAUCUUGGUCUCAAUGAAAUUAGUCAACAGCUUACAGGUCAUGAGUUUAAAGGUCUCAAUAAUAUACAAGAUAUUUAUCUUUCCUAUAAUAAAAACUUGACUUUGCAAAGUGAAUCAUUCAUUUUUGUCCCAGGCCUUAGAAAACUGAUGCUGAGGAAGGUAGGCUGCAGUAAUCUGGCCUUUUCUCCUUCACCUUUUCAUCCUCUACGAAAUCUGACUGUCCUGGACAUCAGCAAUAACAACAUAGCAAACAUACAAGAAGACUUGUUUGAUGGACUUGACAAACUUGACAUCCUGGAUUUGCAGCACAAUAAUUUAGCCCGGCUUUGGAAACAUGCAAAUCCGGGUGGCCCUGUUCUUUUUUUAAAGGGUCUUCCCAAUCUGCAGAUUCUUAAUUUAAAAUCAAAUGGGCUUGAUGAAAUUCCAGUUCAGGUUUUCAAGGGUCUGUUUCAAUUAAAACACUUGGACUUAGGCUCAAAUAAUUUGAAUUUGCUUCCGGCAACUCUGUUUGAUGACCAAGCCUCUCUGAAUUCGUUGAACCUUCAGAAAAAUCUGAUAACCUCAGUUGAAGAAAAAGUAUUUGGUCCACCUUUCAGGAGCUUGAGAAGACUAGAGAUGGAUUCCAAUCCCUUUGAUUGUACCUGCGAAAGCAUUGCUUGGUUUGCUGAUUGGCUUAAUGAGACCCAAGCAGAUAUACCUGGAUUGAGGUCCCAGUACAUUUGCAACACCCCACCUAAAUAUCAUGGUAGUCUGGUUUUGUAUUUUGAUAGCUCAGCCUGCAAAGACAGUGCUCCAUUUCAACUUCUUUUUGUGAUCUCUACCACUAUUGUGACACUAUUCAUUUUUAUUGUCCUUACCAUCCAUUUUGAAGGGUGGAGAAUAGCUUUCUACUGGAAUGUUUUAGUCAAUCGAAUGCUUGGUUUUAAAGAAUUUGAGAGACAACAGGAACAGUAUGAUUAUGAUGCCUAUGUUAUUCAUGCAAGAGAAGACAAGAAUUGGGUGUCUAAAAAUUUCAUGUCUCUGGAAAAAAAUAACCACUUUGAAAUUAAGUUUUGUUUAGAAGAACGGGAUUUUGAAGCAGGUGUAUCUGUAUUUGAAGCCACAAUUAACAGCAUAAAAAUGAGCAGGAAGAUUAUUUUCGUUGUGACUGAACACCUUUUACAGGAUCCCUGGUGUAAAAAUUUCAAGGUAUAUCAUGCUCUCCAGCAAGCCAUUGAACAAAGUCGGGACUCCAUCAUACUGAUCUUUCUUGAUGAUAUCCAAGAUUACAAGUUGUAUCAUGCACUUCACCUGAGAAGAGGAAUGUUCAGAUCUCGCUGCAUCUUGAACUGGCCAGCCCAGAAAGAACGAGUCAGUGCAUUUCAUCAGCAAUUAGUGAUGGCACUUAAAUGUAGAAGUAAAGUGCACUGAUUUUUGAACUAAAGAUUUGAAUUAUGGGGCCAUUUCAUUGUGUACUUUCUACCACUGGAAAACUAGCAAGCCUUCAUGAAGGUCUGAAAAAGUUUGUCAUCCUGUAAAUAUAUGUAAGGGGCACUAUCAUUUAAAUUUAUUUGUUUAUAAUCCUAUUUUUGCUAAUAUUUUAAUUCAGCUGCACUGAAGUGAUGUUAAAAGAGAUCAUGGUGGAUAGUCAUUUCAAUCAAUGUAUUGAAAAUGUGGUAGAAAUUCUCAAAAGCAGUAAGAAUCACUGAUGUUCUAUGAAAUGAUGUAGGAUAGAAAAUGACAGACUCUCUAAGGGGAUAUACAAAAGAAAAUGCAUUAAUGAUAAAACAGCAAAAUCUUUAUAGAAGGUAGAGUGGACACUAGUUCUUGCUUUUGAAACAUGGGGGAUUCAAUGCCUCCAGCUGGAAAGCUUUCCUUGUGAAACACAUUAAGCAACACAGAAAAUUACUUCUGUAAUUCAAAACAAGAAUUUGCAGUUCAAAAGUGAGUUUCAAAGUGAGCAGCUUCAAAGUGGGUUUUAAUGUGUUUGUGAUUAUGCCUUCUGGGGGGCUAAUUCUGGUUGCUAUCAAAAAGUGACUUUCAGGCUGAUGAGUCAAAUGAUUUAAUAAAUUUGGUAUCAGGAAAAAAAUUUUUGCUCUUCUCUGGUGAAAUUCAGAGAGCUGGCAGGACAUUAACACUGAGAGAUGUCACCUUGAUUCUUAGAAUGCACACAAAACUGUAUGCAGGCCUGUACACAGAACUUGAAAUCAAUGUGAAACAUGACUAAGGCACAACUGCUGCACCUAUUUAAAAUAAUAAAGGCACAGAUGUUUCUAUAAUAUAGCCAGAAGACAACUUUGUGGAGAAAGUGGUGCUACUACAAUUUCAUUCCCAAAAAAUUUGUUAAUGGUAAAGC